AUGGAUGUUAUAAAAGCAGUUCAGCACUAUGCAGAAAAGAUGAUAAACGAUGUGCCUGGCAUGAAGGCUUUAUUACUUGAUACAGAAACAACACCCAUUAUAUCCCUAGUGACAACACAAUCAACGUUAUUGACCAAAGAAUGCUAUCUGAUUGAUAGAAUUGACAAUAGAAAUCGAGACAAAAUGAAGCAUCUGAAAUGCAUUUGCUUCUUGAGACCCACGCGCGAAACGCUUCAAUACCUCAUUGCUGAACUCAGGGAGCCUUCUUAUGGUGAUUAUUACUUGUACUUUAGCAACACAAUCCGUAAGUCGGAUAUUGAGCAGUUGGCAGAAGUCGAUGAACAUGAAGUGAUUCGAGAAGUGCAAGAAUACUAUGGAGAUUAUUUGGCCAUCAAUCCCGACUUGUUUUCGUUGGGCCAAGAUCCUCGCCACUAUUUCGGCAACAGCGUCAACAACUGGGAAGCGGAUACAUUUGAGCAAUCUGUGAAAGGCGUCUGUGCAGUGUUAUUGAGCCUAAAAAAGAAGCCCGUGAUUCGAUACGAGAGAGGAUCAGCCAUGGCCAAGAAACUAGCACUGGAAGUUCAGAAUACCAUCACAUCCGAAGGGCAAUUGUUUGAUUUCAGACGACCUGAUACGCCGCCUAUCCUGCUGAUUCUCGACAGAAGAAAUGAUCCAGUGACGCCCUUAUUGACGCAAUGGACUUACCAAGCUAUGGUCCAUGAACUGAUUGGCAUUCAUCAUGGCAGAGUGGACAUGACCAACGUGCCUGAAGUCAAGAAUGAGCUAAAAGAAAUUGUCUUGUCACCUGAUCAAGACCCAUUCUUCAAAAAGUCAAUGUAUCUCAAUUUGGGAGAUCUAGGUGCUACUAUCAAGCAGUAUGUGGACGAAUACCAAUCAAAGACCAAAUCUAACAUGAACAUCGAGUCCAUCGCUGAUAUGAAACGCUUUGUUGAGGAAUACCCUGAAUUCAGAAAGCUAUCUGGCAAUGUCUCCAAGCACGUCGCACUCGUCAGUGAAUUGAGCAGACGAGUCGCACAGGACCACCUUUUGGAGAUCAGUGAACUGGAGCAGGGGCUCGCUUGCAAUGAGAACCACAACAGUGACCUCAGAAACAUCCAACGCUUGCUCGAAAACCCGCAAAUUGACCAAGACUCCAAAGUUCGCCUCGUUUUACUGUAUGCACUGCGCUACGAGAGAAUGGCCAACAAUGCUAUCAAGUCGUUGAUUGACUUGCUGGAUCGGGUGGGCAUCAGUGACAAGAAGAGCGCCCUCGUGCCGGCACUGCUGUUCUAUGCUGGUUACCAACAACGACAAGACGAUCUAUUUUCGAACCAAUCCUUCCUGUCUCGAGGCAAGAGCGCAUUGAAGGGGCUGAAAGGCGUAGAAAACGUGUAUACACAGCAUACGCCCCAUCUGGGAGACACGCUGGAUCUACUUAUCAAGGCCCGCCUCAAGGACACAGACUACCCCUUUGUAUCCAACGACAAUGCCAUGUUGCGGGAGAGGCCUCAGGACAUUAUUGUAUUCAUGUGCGGCGGCACCACAUUUGAAGAGGCCAGAUACAUUGCGCAGUUGAACGCAACCACACCCGGUGUUCGCAUUGUAUUGGGCGGCAACAAUGUCCACAACUCGAGAUCCUUUUUGAGUCAGAUCAGCAGAGUAGGCGAGGAAUACAUGAACCUCUCCUCCUCCUCCUCUUCCAAUAGAUGA